AUGAAGUGGAACACCUUCGCCGUGGUCGUAGCAAUCGCGGCCAGAAAAAGUGCCGCUCAUGCCACUUUCCAACAACUCUGGUGUGCAAGAUUGCCCCAAAGCAACUCGCCCGUUACCAAUGUCGCCGGCAACGAAGUCAGAUGCAACGUCGGCGGAACAAGCGGCGUAAACGCUAAAUGCCCUGUCAAGGCCGGUGGAACGGUCACCAUUGAGAUGCAUCAGCAAAACGGCGACAGAAGCUGCAAGAAUGAAGCCAUCGGCGGCGCGCACUACGGCCCGGUCAUAGUCUACCUCAGCAAAGUCGACAACGCCGCCACAGCCGACGGUUCUGCUGGCUGGUUCAAGAUCUUACAAGACGGCUGGUCCGCCAAAUCCGGCUCCGGCUCCGGCGAUGACGAUAAUUGGGGCACCAAAGAUCUCAACACCUGCUGCGGCAAGAUGGAUAUCCCCAUCAGCAAAGAUAUCGCCGACGGAGACUACCUUCUCCGGGCGGAAGUCAUUGCUCUCCAUGCUGCCGGGCCUUCAGGCGGAGCGCAGCUCUAUAUGACGUGCUUCCAGCUUUCGGUCUCGGGCGGUACGGGGACGGCGAAACCCGCGACAGUCAGCUUCCCCGGUGCGUACAAGGCGAGCGAUCCCGGAAUUGCUGUCAACAUCCAUGCAAAGCUGUCUGGAUAUACGGUCCCCGGUCCUGCUGUCGCUUCGAUCGGGACUACGAAGACGGCAGGUUCUGGAUGUAGUGGUUGCGCAUCUACGUGCGAUGCUGCCAAAGGACCUGUCGGCACGGCGCUCCCUGUCUCACCUGUCGGUGGAGGAGGUACGUCUCCUGGCACUGGAAACCCGCCGUCGUGUACUGUUCAGAAGUAUGCGCAGUGUGGUGGUCAGGGUUGGACGGGAUGCACCACCUGUGCCUCAGGUUCAACUUGCCAGGGUGUCUCGGCGCCAUACUACUAUCAGUGUGCUUAG